UAUCUUUCCUGAUGCCCUAUCCCUCCAAAUACCAAGCACCUCGCAUUUGGGUCAGCAGCUAUUUCCCCCGCCUGGUGACAAGCGCGGUCACCAGGACAGAGGACAGAGGAGGGAGCUUCUUCCGCCACACGGUGGCGCGCGCGAGCCUCCCAAAGCCCGGGCGGCCACAGCUCCGCACUUUCCUCCCAUUCCAGCCCCACCCGCACCCGGGAGCAGAAGGAGCCGCGCCCCCAGCCCUCCCGGGCUGGACAGCGGGGAGCGCACCUCGGGGACCCGGACAGCGGUCGAGUGGCAGCUGCGUCCAGCCCAUGUGGGAGCUGCUGCGGGUUACGGGUGGCCCCAGCUCCAGGCUCCUCCUCCAGCCGGUCCCCCACCCUCCACCCCUUCUCGACUCGGCUCUGCAAAUCGAAGGCUUCCCGGAGCAGCCUAGGAGCGGCCGCGGGCGCAGCAAAGGCGACAGGAGGAGCACAGCAGCCUUCGGGCAGCCACCGCGGCGUCGCUAGAGUAGCCGGGGAGGCGCCGCGGAGCCCGGCGCGCCCUCCACGCGAGGAGAGGGGAGAAGCCGGGGGCUGCAGCUGGGCAAGGGGGAGGAAAGUGCGUGUGCGUGCACGCCUGUGUGCAAGGCAGAGAGUGCGGGGGGCGACAGUCUCGGCUUAGGGCGGAGGAGAGGGCAGGGGAACGGGGGUGCAGCUCCCCCGCCGUCCCCGAGGUUUUCCCGCGGCUGCCCCGGGCUCCCCAGCGCCCCUCACCAUGGACUUGCUUGGAGUUGGGACGGGCCUCAGUAGCAGCGAGCGGCUGGCUGCCGGGCCCUUGGGGAGCGCGGUCGCGCGCGCGGGGAUGGCAAGGUAGGAUGGCCACCCAGCGCGACCCCCGCCGCCCUAACCCAGCGGCCCCUGGGCGGUGCCGCUGACUCGCCGGAGCGCACAGGGGUGUGGGCGGAGGCGGCCCCGCCGCGCCCGCGCCUUCGGGAGUCGCCUCGCCUCUUCCACCCACUUGCACCUGCCACCGCGCGGAUACCAUGUCGAAGGCGGCCGGAGGCGCGGCGGCGGCGGCGGAAAGUUGUUCCCCAGCCGCGGCCGGCUCGUCCGCGGCCGCGCCCGUGGAGGACCUGUCCAAAGUGUCAGACGAGGAGCUGCUGCAGUGGAGCAAGGAGGAGCUGAUCCGCAGCCUGCGGCGCGCCGAGGCGGAGAAGGUGAGCGCGAUGCUGGACCACAGCAACCUCAUCCGCGAGGUGAACCGCCGCCUGCAGCUGCACCUCGGCGAGAUCCGCGGCCUCAAGGAUAUCAACCAGAAACUCCAGGAGGACAACCAGGAACUGAGGGACCUCUGCUGUUUCCUGGAUGAUGACCGGCAGAAAGGCAAGAGGGUGUCCCGGGAGUGGCAGAGACUGGGUCGCUACACUGCCGGGGUGAUGCACAAGGAAGUGGCCUUAUACCUGCAGAAGCUGAAGGAGCUGGAGGUCAAGCAGGAGGAAGUGGUGAAGGAGAACAUGGAGCUCAAGGAGCUCUGUGUGCUUCUAGAUGAGGAGAAGGGUACGGGCUGCGCGGGCAGCCGCUGCUCCAUCGACAGCCAGGCCAGCCUGUGCCAACUCACAGCCUCCACCACACCCUACGUGCGGGAUGUGGGUGACGGCAGCAGCACCUCCAGCACUGGCAGCACUGACAGCCCAGACCACCACAAGCACCAUGCGAGCAGUGGCAGCCCGGAGCACCUGCAGAAGCCCCGGAGCGAGGGCAGCCCAGAGCACUCCAAGCACAGGAGCGCCAGCCCCGAGCAUCCACAGAAACCCAGGGCCUGUGGGACCCCAGAUCACCCCAAAGCACUCAAAGGACCUAGCCCGGAGCACCACAAACCCUUGUGCAAGGGCAGCCCCGAACAGCAAAGGCACCCGCAUCCAGGGAGCAGCCCCGAAACACUGCCUAAGCACGUGCUGAGUGGGAGCCCGGAACACUUCCAGAAGCACCGGUCAGGGAGCAGCCCUGAACACGCCAGGCACAGUGGAGGGAGCCCGGAGCAUCUUCAGAAACACGCCCUCGGGGGGAGCCUAGAGCAUCUCCCCAGAGCCAGGGGCACCAGCCCGGAGCACCUCAAACAACAUUAUGGAGGGAGCCCUGAUCACAAACACGGAGGAGGCGGUGGAGGAGGUGGAGGCAGUGGCGGAGGCAGCAGGGAGGGCACCCUCAGACGGCAGGCGCAGGAGGACGGGUCACCCCAUCACCGGAAUGUCUACAGUGGCAUGAACGAAUCAACCUUGUCCUAUGUUAGGCAGCUGGAGGCAAGAGUAAGACAGCUGGAGGAAGAAAAUCGCAUGCUGCCCCAGGCCAGCCAGAAUAGAAGGCAACCUCCAACUAGAAACAGCUCAAAUAUGGAGAAAGGCUGGGGGCCCAGAGCCCGGCGGGUCUUGCAGUGGUGGCAAGGGUGCCGAGGAAUAGGACGAUGCCUGCCCACUCUCCCGGGUUCUUUUAGGUUGUCAUCAGGGGCUGAUGGGAGUAACAGUUCACCCAACUCUGCAGCUAGCUUCAGUGGACAUGCCACACCUUCCCAGCAGCCUGAACCUGUGGUACAUUCUCUUAAGGUCUUGGAUGUUCAGGAAACUAUAGAUCGUCAACAGGGUAAAGAGUAUGAACAUGACCUUAGUGAGACAGAAAAAGCUAUAGUCAGAGAAAUGUGCAAUGUUGUGUGGAGGAAACUUGGAGAUGCUGCAGGUUCGUGUCCUGGAAUUAGGCAACAUCUGUCAGGAAACCAGUACAAAGGACCAAUGUGAGAUGCGCUCUUUUUCAAACAGGAGAUCACCACUGCCAGAAAGAGAUUAGAAGACAAGAAGAAGAAAAAGGAAACAGUGGGUUUCCACAAACCUGGACUCAUGGAAUAACAUGGAGUGAUUGUACAUUGCACAUAUCUCCCCUCUAAAACCUGUAGUACAACUUCUCCCCUCAAGCUGAUAUUCUGUGUAUCUCACCUCAAUGUCCACAACAGUCAAUCUCAAACAAGGUAGCUUUGAAAAUCUCAAAAAGAGUAGCUUUGAAAAUCACCAUUUUGGUACCAGUGUUUUCAUUAGAACUAAGUGUUUUUAUCCCCAGAUAUAAUAUCGUAAUUGGGAAAUCUGCAUAGUUUUAAGAGUCCAGUGGAGCCUCAGUGUUCUGAAUAGAGUUGACUCCUUACACAUAAUGGUGGGAGUUUUCUACCAUGUCAUAUUGAAGAUAUGAAGAGGUAUUUUCCAGCUUCCCAAGUUUGAGAGUUGGGCAUCUACCUCUUAUACUUCAGUCAACCAACAAACUACUAAUUCCGGAUUCAUAAUUAAUUUGGAUGCAAGAUAAGAUUAAGUUUUUGGAGUUUGGUGUUGACUUCUGAGGUGCUAAAAAAUACCACGUAAAUUCUCCCUACCAGCUAGAAAGGUAGCAAGACUUUGUAGAGUGCUUAUCAGAGAGUACCAUUGACUUCAAUUGAUCAAUAUAAAUAUAUCUUUUUCUUUUCAUCUUAAUGAGUUUCUCAUAAAGACACAUCUUGGGGCAUACAAGCCUUCAUAUUCAUUCAGUGGAUCCAUUGAUGUUCAUAUUAACAAUUUCAACUAAAAACUAGCAAACAUAAUUUUUCUAAAUGUUUCGAGCUGUGAGAUGUCAAUUUCUAUAAUUUAGUUUCUAGACAUGCUGUAUAUUUAAUAAACUUUAUGUAAACUUUAAAAUAUUGCACUGCAUUUAUGAAAAAAGCUUUCUUUGCCUACUGCAGCAAUCUAACAUUUUAUGAAACUGACGCAUGUCCUUCAUUAUUGAGGCUAAAAGCUCUUGUUCAGAUUGCCUGAGGUUUGAAAAAGAGGUGUGCUAGCUUUGCUUAGUUUAUUUCUUAUUUUUGGUAUACAUAUACAUAUAUAUAAUAUUAGAAUGUGUGUACUGGAAAUGCUAUGAUAGGUAUUUUGUGUUUAUCCAAAUGCAAUGAUAGUUUCUUGUAUGAAUGUGCAAGAGGCCUGUGACCGAAUGCUACGUUUUUAUGGUAGUUUAAGAUUAUAAAAGUAGAAAUGCAACAAUUCCCAGUUUUGGGAUAGGUUCUACAUUUCUGAGAUUUGAUUCAUAGCAGAUAUUCUCUGUUGUUGUUUUAGAUGGGCUCAUUACACAAUGAGUUAAUUGUCACUAGUAGGAGACUGUGAAGGAAUUUUGUUAUACUUUCAAAAAUGUUAACUGUGAUGAAAAAUCAUCCCUCUAUUUUCAGAAAAUAUUUAUGUAUUAAUUUACUAUAGAAUUAUCUCUCUAAUUAUCAUAAUUGGGUUACAAUUUAAGCUUCCCUUUAAAAAUGUUAUAUUUUAAAAUGUUAUUACUCUAUAAAAGAAAAUUGCCUGCUAUAUUUACACCUUCUUUCCUAGGAAAGCUUUCAUCCUUAAAUUGUUGUAUUCCUACACUCUGAAGACAUUUAAAAUAAGCUUUUGUGCCUGCAGCAGAGCCUGCAGAAGCUAAUACAAGGGACACUGGUCUUUUGACAAAAUAAAGUUGUGUAAAUUUUGAUACUGUAUUAAAACUAUUUUUUUAAAGUUCUGCAUAAAAUUGAGUAUUAAGUAUAUGUGUUCAUCUUAGCAAUGGUAAUAAAUUAUUUAAUCUCA